CUUCAAUGUUAUUGUUUUGAAUGUUUAUGAGUUACUCGUAUAGAUUGCUCUUAUCACCAUUCAAUACUAUUUUGUGAUAUCAAAGUUUAUCUGCGUUUAGGAAUAAACCAUGACGCAUCUGGAGGUCAUUAUUGAAGAUAUUCUCAAUAACCCAUGCUGCCAACAUGGACCAACAGUUCUAUUUCACAAAACCGAUCAGAACAAUGCAACUAUUGAAAAAUAUUACGCUUGCACGGCUAGUCGCGAUGGUAAAUGUACUUUCAAGCUAAACGCAACAAAAUCUGGUACUUGCAAUCAAAAUAAGAAGACCUCGGAAAAACGUCGUGAUGAGUAUGAUAAAGUACGAUUAGCUCCAGUUUCUCAAAAAGUCUACUGCGUUCAAUGUCAGCAAUUGUUAUUACAAUCAAAUGUGGAAGAUCAUAAAAGCCAUAAACUUCUUGAAAAGCUAUCGGAUGAUAUUCUGCGGCAACCAACGAGAUUCCUGGCACCACUUAGCGUCGAUGGAAACGAGGCACAAUACUUUUUCAGUGAUUCUACACUAGCAUGUAUGGAGAACAUGCUGAAGCAACUCAAUAUAACCAAAGUGAUUUGUAUAGGAGCUCCGAGAUUUCAUGAGCAUUUACUAGUGAAUGCAAACAUCAAGUCGAUAUUGCUGGACAUUGAUAGACGGUUUCAUUGGUUUUUUGACAUUUCUGAGUAUUUAUACUAUAACAUGUUCAACCAUUUCUUUUUCGACGGAGAGGAGGCGGAAGAUAUAUUUAAGGAAUAUUUGAAUGUUAAUGAAUCUGCCGAUCGACUCUGUAUCGUCACUGACCCACCAUUUGGAUGCCGUACAGAGUUGCUAUCAUAUACUAUAAAGCGUAUAAACCAAACCUACAAUGGUGUGAAUAAGGUCAUCCAGCAAAUAUUGCCAACAUUCUGGAUAUUUCCAUACUUCAUGGAAACAUAUAUCCGAAAAGAAAUGCCUUCUAUGGAAAUGUCCGACUAUCAUGUCAAUUACACCAAUCAUCGUACCUAUCAUAGCGGUGAAAAAGGUUUAAAACAUGGCUCACCGGUUAGACUGUUUACCAACGUAUCGUUAGACAACUUCCAGCUGCCAGCAAAAGAAGGCUAUAGAUGGUGCGUGGAAUGCCAGAAAAGUGUUCAUAAAACUAAUAAACAUUGUCGAAUAUGCAAAAAAUGCCCGUCGAAAAAUGGGGCAACUUAUAGACACUGUACUAAGUGCAAUUGGUGUGUAAAACCAAACUACGCACACUGCACACCAUGUGGUCGAUGCACUCAGGUGCAGGGACACAAAUGUUGGUCAUAUAGGAAACAGCUGUGCUGUCGUAUUUGUAUGCACAAAGGACACGGAGAGAGAGAUUGUACGUUUUGGCGAGUAUUCAAGAACAGAAAAUCUGAGAAAUCAGGAUGCAUAGUUUGCGGAAACAAACAACAUACCGUUGCUGAUUGCGAUGAACGAAAACGCAUUAUCGAUGAGAAAUACUUCCUUGGAGAAUAUUAUAAUGCAAUAAACUGCGUUCAAUAAAUUA